AUGUCUGGCCGCGGACAAGUAAACCGGAAUAGGCCUCGCAAGACUGCCUCUCAUCGUGCGGGCCUGCAGUUUCCUGUGGGUAGGAUUCAUCGUUACCUCAAGGCUAGCCUGUUCAAACAGCGUCUUAGUUUCCAAUCGUCUGUGUACCUGGCAGCAGUACUCGAGUACCUCUGUGCCGAAAUCCUUGAACUUUCGGGCAACUUGGUAUUAGAAAGCAAGAAGGUUCGCAUCACCCCGCGUCACAUCUUGCUCGCUGUCCGCCACGACACUGAGCUUAGCCAAAUGCUGGAAGAUGUGACCAUACCUGAGGGGGGAGUUGUGCCUCACAUCCAACCCGUUCUUCUGCCCAAGAAACAAUCCGCCUUCAAAGAGAAAUAA